CGUUUAGACACUACCACAAACACUGGAGCUCCCUCCAAAACACUUGACUGGUGUCUUCGGAUGGGUGGGACGCAAUAACCGCCCUUUUCACACAGGACCACUGAAGUAGCCCACCCUCGACCUACUGCAGAGAGCAGAGCAGCCAGUGCGGGACAGGCGAUGUCACAUCUUAAGAUGCUGCUCACAGUCCUUGUCUUGUAUUUGUGUGCGGUUUUUCAGUGCCAAAGUGAGGAUACCGAAUUGUCAGAGGAUGUGGACUUUGAUGAAUACGCGUUCGCUGACAUAGAUCCAAAUGCUGCUCCUCGCAGAAUCGCGCGGCAGGUGAAAACGCUUCUAACUAAGGAAAUUAAACCUCACAUUCAAGAGCUGUCGGUCCAGACCACCAUCAUUUCCCGCUAUGCCUUCACUGCGGUGUCGUGUAGCAUGCUCAACAGACACUCGGCUGCUACUCAGGGGGUCUUUCAAUUCCACAUCCCCACCGCUGCAUACAUCUCUAACUUUACCAUGAUUGUGGGCGGACGAGUAUUUCCCAGCCAGGUGAAGGCCAAAGAAAAGAAGAUGAAGAAGGGAGGUGGAGAAAACAGUGGCAAGAAGAACAAGAACACACCAGAGCAGAGUGAGGGUGAGAUGGAGGUGUUUCGAAUGGAGGUCACUAUUCCUGGACGCAACCGUGCUGUCUUCCUCCUGACCUAUGAAGAGCUGCUGCAGAGACGAUUGGGCCAUUACGAGCAUGUGACCAGUGUUCGGCCAAUGCAAUUGGUCAGCAGACUCAGCGUGGGCGUUACUGUAGUGGAGCACUCUCGCAUCACUUACCUUGAAGUCUUACCCCUACGAAAUGGCAAAACUCCAUCUUCCAAAGGCAAUGUGAAAGCAGAUGGUAAAGCAGGACCACCAGCUUCCACAGUAGUCAGACAAAACGACACCUUCUGCAAGAUCACCUUCACUCCAAACAUUGCCCAGCAGGCCAAGAUUGCAACCAACGGCAUGCUGGGAGAAUUUGUGGUGCAUUAUGAUGUAGAGAGAGAAACUGGCACUGGCAUUGGCGAUAUUCAGGUGCUAGAUGGACAUUUUGUACACUAUUUUGCCCCCAAAGACCUGCCUGUCGUGCCGAAGAAUGUUGUAUUUGUGAUCGAUACCAGUGCUUCCAUGGUUGGAACCAAAAUCAGACAGACCAAAGAAGCUCUGUUCACGAUCAUGCGCGAGCUGCGGCCCAAUGAUCACUUCAAUUUUGUCACUUUUUCCAAUCGUAUCCGUGUAUGGCAGCCGGGCAAACUUGUGCCUGUUACACCCAACAAUAUACGUGACGCCAAGAAAUUCAUCUACAUGAUCUCACCCACUGGAGGCACUGACAUCAAUGGUGGCAUUCAGGCAGGCUCAGCUUUACUCAGUGACUAUCUCUCCAGCAAAGAAGAGUCCCAUCACAACAGCGUGUCACUCAUAAUCUUCCUGACUGAUGGGCGGCCCACCGUUGGUGCGGUUCAGAGCCCGGUCAUCAUUGGCAACACCAAAACAGCAGUGCAGGAAAAGUUCUGCCUCUUCACUAUCGGGAUGGGUGAUGACGUGGACUACAGGCUUUUGGAGAGGAUGUCCCUGGAGAACUGUGGAACCAUGAGGAGAAUCCCAGAGGAUGCAGAUGCCAGCGUUAUGCUCAAAGGCUUCUACGAUGAAAUUGGCACUCCAUUGUUAUCCGACAUCCGGGUGGAGUACUCUGAAGAUGCUGUGGAAUACAUCACACAGAACCUUUUUACAAACUACUUCAACGGCUCUGAGCUCAUUGUAGCUGGAAAACUGACCAACCAUAGCCCAGACUCGUUGCAUGUUCAGGUAACCGCCAGCAAUAGCGAGCGUAGCAUCGUGCUGGAGAAAGAUGUGUCCAUACACGAGCGAGAGCAGGAAACCGAAAGGCGGUUGGCGGAAGCGGAGGUGGGUGCCAAUGUGAACGGUUACGUGGAACGACUGUGGGGUUACCUGAGUGUUAAGGACGGGCUAAAAGGACGACUCAGAAGCCAGAUGAGCGCAGAAUGGGAAAACUACACGCAACAUGCAACAAAUCUUUCAUUAACAUAUAAUUUCCUCACGCCACUCACCCAAAUGAUAGUGGAGAAACCACAAGUGUUGGCCAAUGGAUCUUUAGCACAGACACAGAAAGAAGCAGAGGCCACCGAGGCUCCGCCCCCUGCUGAGUCAUCCAAUCAGCUAUCGAAAGACGACAACAGUCAAACACCCCAGAGCCUGCACAGAAAUCAACAUCCCAAGUCAAUUUCUGCAGUCUCAAAGGCAACAAGUGGCGGCAGCAAAUUUACCAAAAAGCCAGUCACCUUAUCCAAAACAUCAGCUGAUGGUGACCCUCAUUUUGUGGUGGAGGUUCCCCAGAGUAAACUGACUGUGUGUUUCAACAUUAAUGGGGAGCCAGGACACAUUCUCCGACUUGUGACUGAUCAUAAACACUCAGGCGUGACUGUGAACGGUGCACUGAUCGGAGCUCCAGCCCCAGCCGGCAGUCAUAAAGAACAGAGGACGUAUUUCAAGACCAUAACUAUAGUAGCCGAUAAACCACACCGCUCUUAUAUUGAGGUGACCCCACAAAAGGUCAUACUGGACGACCGGGACCGGAUGAUCUUACCAUCCAGCUCUAGCAUUUCCAUCGAGACCGCAAACCUGGGUUUGGUCAUUGUAGCUAACACAAACCUGACAGUGACCAUCCUAGGAACUAUCCAGUUCGUCAUCUUAUUCCACAAAUACAAAAAUCCAGCGCCCUAUCAACGGGAUCACCUGGGGUUUUACAUCGCUAACAGCAAAGGAUUGAGCAAGGAUACACAUGGGUUGCUAGGCCAGUUCCUGUAUGAAGACAUUGGGCUGACACAGCUUCCUGGAAAUUUCAGCACGGCCGGAAAAAACAGCACACAGGAAACACUAGGGGAAAAUAUCAGUCUACCCAGCUGCCCUGCCCUGAAGGUGAAGGACCGUACUGUCACCGUCAUAAAGAAGAGCAGGCGAAUCUACUCUGGAAAGCAGACAGUAGACUGCUGGUUUGCCAGAAACAAUGCGGCUAAACUGAUUGAUGGACAAUACAGUGAUUAUGUUGUGUCACAUCUGUUUGACACAGGAGACUGGGCUAAUGGAGCCAACACACACUAAGACAAACACACACACACACAUUCAAAAUAUAAUUCUACUGGACUGAUGGUCAUGACCCAGAUAUAUUCACACAAACACUUUGAAAACCAUCACAAAGACCCAUAAGCAGAACUUUAAGUACAUGAUUUAUAUCUGAACAUAGUACUUUACUGGGGGGUUUUUUCCAUAGUCAUCUACAAAUAUAUAUUUUUGUUAAUAUAAUUGUUUUUUAAUAUAAUUGUUGACUGUUUUUGGAACUCAUUUUUGUAUUAAUAAAUUUUGACAAUAGGCUGUCUUUUUUUUUUUUUUUAAGAACAACAGUAAGGGUAAAGGAGUUUUUGUAAUAAUGCAAAACUACCAUGAACUCUCAGAUUAAACAAUGAAAUAUGCUUGUAAUUUUAAUAUUUAGAUAGAUAAAACAUAUCAAUCAUAUCAUAAAACAUCAAAAAGAUAAGCCAACAGUUAUUUUGAAAUAUUAGUAAUAAUAAUAAUA